GACCUUUUCACCGUUGCACCACUGAUGUAACUUUCAUUUCCUCAUCGGUAAGGGUCAUACACAUGAGAACAGAGUUUGUAAAGAGUCCAAUUUACGAAGUCGAAACUACAUCAAAUCACUCAAAUUAAUAGCAAUGAUGCUACGGACGCUGUGUCGGACCGGCGGGGCCCUUCUGCAGCAGACCCAGCGAGCCGCGCCGAGGUUGUGGGUCACCCCGGCCCAGCAACGAUGGGCGUCCAGCCUCCCCCUGAACACUGUGGUCCUGUUUGUUCCGCAGCAGGAAGCCUGGGUGGUGGAGAGGAUGGGUCGCUUCAACCGAAUCCUAGAGCCGGGUUUAAACUUCCUCAUACCCGUACUGGACCGAAUUGGCUAUGUGCAAAGUCUCAAAGAGAUUGUCAUCGAUGUCCCGGAGCAGUCUGCAGUAUCUCUAGAUAACGUAACGCUACAGAUUGAUGGAGUGCUUUACUUAAGGAUCCUAGACCCUUUCAAGGCCAGUUACGGUGUUGAGGAUCCUCAGUAUGCCGUCACACAGCUGGCACAGACCACCAUGAGGUCAGAACUGGGCAAACUCACACUGGACAAAGUGUUCAGGGAAAGGGAGUCCCUCAAUUCCAACAUUGUCCACUCCAUCAACCAAGCCUCAGACGAGUGGGGGAUCCGUUGCCUGCGUUAUGAAAUCAAAGAUAUUUAUGUUCCCCCUCGGGUCAAAGAGUCCAUGCAGAUGCAGGUGGAGGCUGAGCGUAAGAAGAGAGCCACAGUUCUGGAGUCUGAAGGGACGAGGGAAGCGGCCAUUAACAUCGCUGAGGGUCAUAAACAAGCCCAGAUUCUGGCCUCCGAGGGAGAGAAAGCAGAGCAGAUCAAUAAAGCUUCCGGUGAGGCUCAAGCAGUGUUGGCCAAAGCAGAGGCUAAGUCUAAAGCUAUCCGUAUGCUGUCGGACGCCCUGACCGAGCAGAAUGGAAACGCGGCGGCCUCACUUAGCGUGGCUGAGCAGUACGUGUCUGCUUUCUCCAAACUCGCCAAAGAGACCAACACCAUCCUACUGCCCUCCAACACCGGGGACAUCAGCGGCAUGGUCACGCAGGCUAUGACCAUCUACAGCUCAUUGGCAAAGACAAGCACAAAGGUAGAAGAGGAGAAGAAGAGUGAAGACAACAAGUACCAACCACCUCAAUAGCGAGGACUCAGCGGACACAGAAUGAACUCUAUUGACACAGAACCAGAACCACUUCAGUUAUGUUUUCAGUUAAUGGGACUCCAGGGCAUCGCUGGGUGAACAGCAUCAACUGACAGGACAGAAGGAAAACUGACUACUUAAAACACUUCAAGAAUGAUUUGCCUUGCAGUUUUGGGGAAAAUCCCAACUGUCUAAAAGGAUUUCUAAUCUUCCCUGACUGUUCUUUACGUUUAGUUAUUGUCAGAUUGUGAAUUGAACAAUGAUGAGCCAAAUAUACUCACAACAGUGACUUUGGCAGGCUGACAAAAAGGAGAAAUAGACGUCAGAUUUGGGAUAUGAAUAUGGUCGUGCAGUAACCAUUUGUUAUCAUACGUUAAUUAUUUGUACUUACAUAAUCUCAAUUGGAUUUACAGGUUUUAAAAUGUAAGUAAAACAUGAUUUUGUUGAAUUGAAAAACCCCUGUUUUCCAGGGAUAAGCUUUCAGGUUCUAUGGGUUUAUAAUAAUGUCUUCAGCCUUAUUGGGACCAGCCUCUUUGAGUUUCAUGUGAUGUCUGACUGGAUGCUUCAUAAUGCUGAAUUAUGUAUUAAUUAAAAAAGUUGAUUCACAAAAAGCAUCUCCCUAAAAAUAACCCUUAUUCAGCAUUUACUUAUAUUCUUUAACAAUCCCUAAUCAGUUCAUAGUUACUAUACAAGGAACAAAUGUUCCAUCCAUUUUUUAUUCACCGCUUAUGUCUUAUGGUAUAUAUUUAUUUCAUGUCAUCGUUUUCGGCAAAAACAGCACGUGUCACUGGGGCUUACAGGUUUAUAAGUUUAUAAAAAAUAAUGAACAAAUGUAAAUCGGCAGAAGUGUCAUUUGAGGUUCAUGAACUACAACAGACUACGAUUUGUGAAUUGGAAUAAGACUAAGUACGUUUGAAAAUAUACACGUUAGAAGAAUACUGCAUAGACGAUCCUCAAGAAACAGUUGGACUUUCAGAUGUUAUGUUUGGAAACCCUUUGUUCAUGAAUGAAAUCUUACAUUAUAAAUGAGCAAACAUAUGUUAAAGUUGACCUCCAUGUUAUGGGUCACUUUUUUGGUUGCUAAUGUUCAAUUACUUAAAAGGGGGUUUACGUUGUGUCAAUAAAUACACUUUAAAAUGUG